GUGGACGGAGGAGAACAAACAAUUGAGAAAAUAUACGAUACAGAGAGCAGGUUUCUUAUCAGAAACGAUAAUUUGAUGUUGCUCACCAAAAGAAAUUUUUUUUACUGUAAUCUCUGAUCGAAAAAAUCUUUAUACACAUAUAUAAGUGGUAGACGGUUUUGGUUCUUCAGGUGGAUAAAUCGUGUGGAAAUGCAAUAGCUAAGAGACAUUUUGAAAUAAGUUCUUCUUCUUUAAUUCACUGCAUCGUGUGCAAACAACAAGUUCACCUCGAUAUAAUUACACAUUUGCCAUAAUAUUCGAUAUUUAGAACAACGUCAUGGACGUACAGCGGCAGCAAUUCAAUGGUGAUGCGAUUCGCCAAGAGCUGGCUAAACAAUAUCAUCGUGCCACCACUACGUCCGUUGACGAUGUCGAUUUGUUAGCUAUCGAUUUGUUUGCGACAAUGGUGCAGCAAUAUGAAGCAUUUAUUACAUUCGAUGCGACAAAAAUUAUCGCUGAAAAAUUUAAAUCGGCCAACCCAGACGAAGUAUUGCUUGCGCUUAAUGUGCUGGAAGAGUGUAUGUCUAAGUGUGGCGCAAAAUUUCGUACUGAAGUUGGAAAAUUUAGAUUCCUCAAUGACUUGAUAAGGUUGGUGUCGCCGCAGUACGAGGGAGAAAAAACGCCGAAGAAAAUUCGUGAUAAAAUAUUGGACUUAUUAUUGUUGUGGACGAUAAAUUUUCCGAAUGAAAAGAAAAUCAAAGAAGCCUAUGACAUGCUAUUGAAACGUGGCGUACGGCAUGAAACUGCAAAGCCAGUGAUUGCAAAAAAUGAUGCAAAACAUGAAGCGAUUGAUGUGAAAUCACGAGAGAGACCCGAACCCGAUUUGUCAGCUAAACUACAACGACUUUUGCGCAGCUCAAAUCCAGCCGAUUACAAAGCAGCUAAUUUACUCAUACAAAAUAUGGUGAAAGAGAAAGAACGGCGCCAUGAAGUGAACAUGCGACGGAAAUUGGAACUCAAGGAAAUCACCGAAAAUGCCACCGUUUUGAAACAAAUGUUGGACCAGUUGGAGGACGAUCAGACCAAGAAAUCAUCAACGGAUGAAAUCACCGAAGAUUUAUUGGCCACAUUGACUUAUUUAUACGAAUCGUGCAAAAAAUUGCAACCGACUAUUUUGAUACUUAUUGGCGAUACGGAGGAUAAUGAAUGUUUGGAUGAUGCAUUAGAAGUGAAUGACUUGGUAGCGGAAGUAUUUCACAAGUAUCACCGACUUGUUAUCAAGAAUAGGCCAAAAUGUGCAAGCUCUUCAUUGAUAUCAACACCCCAAACGAGUGCGGUAUCGAGUCAGAAUGGCACUAGUAAAAACACCAUGGAUGAAUUACAAGAAAUAUUUGCAAACAGCAGCACUAGCAAUGCUAGUAAUGCAAACAAUGCUAACCCCAUUAUGGCUAUGACACCACUUGAACCCACACCUGCAAAAGUGAUAACAAAUGAUACAUCAGAUAAAUCGUGGCAAACAAUCAAAGAUUUGAACAAUGCAGCAACAGGUUCCUUAAACUCACUAAUUACGCCAAUUUCUUCACCAGCCGUUGCAAAAUCUGUCGGCACAUUUGAAAAUCUUUUGAAUAAUGAAAGUGUGAUGUCAUCGGUACAAAUUUCAAAGGCAUCUUCGAUUUCAAAUUCACAUCAAGAAAAAGUGAACGCAACGCAGCUUAAAUUCCAAAAUUUCGAUUCGGAAAUCACGCAAUUGAUAAGCGGUUUAAAAUCCAAUUUGAGAAAAGAGUCUGAAGAGGUCAUCAAUUCAGAUGAUGACAAAUUGCUGCUGGACAACGAUGUAGAGCCGCUCGAAUCGGAAACAAUGAACAAGUCAAGCGAUGAACUGGUUCUUAGUGAAGCGAUUAAACAAGAAGUAGUUUCGACUGAUGAAAGUGCCAUUCAAGUCAAUUUAAAUAAAGCAUUAGCAGAUAUUGUUGUCGAUUUAAAUGAGAUUCGGCCACAUGAUAACUACGCACCACAAUGUAUUAUGGACGAGAAGUCCGGAUUAAAAAUCUUGCUAAAUUUUACCAAAGACAAACCGCGUUCCGACGUCGUUGUUUUGGUUAUCACCACAAUGAAUCAAAAUAGCCUACCGAUUAGAAACUUUCAAUUUGAGGCUAGCGUUACAAAGCCGUGUAAAUUGCAUUUACAAAAGCCGUCGGGACACGAUUUGCCUGGCAAAAAACCGUUUCGCCCGCCAACUGAAGAUAUCACGCAAAUUUUGUUGAUUUCCAAUGCCGAAAAGAAACCGCUAAAACUAGUUUGUAUUAUCAGCUAUAAAAUGGGCGAAGAUCCGGAUAUGGUUAAAGAAUUUCUCGAAAUCAACGAUUUACCUGAUCUUUUUAAUUAACAAUUUUACGUAUUCUAAUCAUUAUUCAAGUCAUUAAAAUGUAUAUAAAAAAAAAUUCCUUUU